AUGGAGACAGCACGUUUGACGCUGGAGCCCAUCGAUCUCGCCCACCUCGAGGGCUUCCACCGCAUCUGGUCAGACCCGGAUACAACGCAAUGGAGUUCACGGGGCGUCUGCAAAACCAUCGAAGAAACAAAGGGCAGGAUAACCGGCAUCCUCCAUGACAAAAACCGCCCGGGCAUCGACAACUACGGCGUCUUCAUUCGCGGCUCGCCUGCCACGGGGCAUUCAAUCGAGCCCCCAAGCUGUGAGCAAUCCCAAGUCAUCGGGAUCGUAGGCGUCCACAAGGAUGAUCCCGUGCCAGAAUUGGGGUAUAUCUUCCACCCCUCGGCUUGGGGUAAGGGUUACGCGACGGAGGCGGUGUCUGCUUUCGUGCGACACUAUUUCACGCUUAGACCUGAUGCGCCUUAUAUCGAGGCCAAGGUGGAUGCAAAGAAUCACCCGUCGAUCCGGGUGCUUCAGAAGUGUGGGUUUGAUGAGAUUGAGACGUUGGUUGGCGGGGCGGAGUUGGCGUGGAUGGAUCCUCCUGUGCGGGACUUGGUUGUGUUUCGGGCGAUGAGGAAAUAG